UUCUCCAGUAUUCUUCUUUUCCUUCUUUUCUAAAAUCUUUCUUUCCUCAUCUUCUUUCUGUUGACCAAUCUUCCCAUCUUCAAUAUUCUUCCUUUCAUUUUUUCCUUCAAUUUUCUCUUCCUUAACCUUUCUUUGUUUAUUCUCAUCUAUCUUCCCCUCUCCAGUAUUCUUCUUUUCCUUCUUUUCUGAAAUCUUUCCUUCAAUCUUCUCUUCUUCCUCUACUUUCUUCAUCUCUUCCUUGCUUUUUUCAGUCGUCCUUUCAUUUCUAUUCUCAUCCUUAUUCUCUUCCAUCUUUAGUUCAUCUUCGUUUUUAUCCUUUUCGUCUUUAUUCUCUCCAAUAUUCCCCUCUUCAAUUUUAUUCUCUUCCUUUAUUGUUUGUUCUUUAUCCUUCUCUUCUUUAUUUUCUUCAAUUCUCCCCUCUUCUUUAUCAUAGUCCUUCACUUCCUUAUUCUUUUUAACCUCUCCGCCAGUAUUCUUCUCCUUCGUAAGUUCCUUCUCUUUUUCUUCCUUAUUCUUCCUCUCUUCAUUUUGAUUAAUUACCUUAUUCUUUCCUUCCUUAUCCUCUUCUUCAUUUUUCUUCUUCUCUUUCUCUCUCCCAACACUAAAUUCUAAACUUUUAUCUUUUCCUUCCCUUAUUAUUUCAAAACUUCCUUCAUUAUCAUUCCUCUUCUUAUUUUUCCUCCAUUCUUUUUUCUUAAUUUUUUUCUCAAUUUUUGAUUUAUUUAUACUAAUGUCUUUUUUAAAGUAUAUUAUUUCGUUAUUUUCAUUUAAUAUUAAACUAUCUUCGUCGGAGUUUAUUUUUUUCUCUUUCAGUUUAUCUCCUAAUCCUUCAAAAAUAUUUUCUUCUUCCUUAUCUUCCUCUUCAAUUAUUUUCUUUUUAUUUUUAUCAGAAUCAUUUAUUAUUCCUUCUUUCUUCUCCUUCUCUUCUUCUGAUUUAAUUUCAGAAGAUUUCUCAGAAUUAAUACUUUCUUUUAUCUCUUCUGGUUUAAUUUUUAAUUCUUUGCCUUUACCUGUAGAUUUAUCAGAAUUUUUAUUUUCUUUUUUCUUUUUAUUUUGAUUUUCUUUUUUAUUUUCUUCUU